ACGAACUAGACGUUCGCCAUAUCGUCGGGAGUGCUAGCACUGCUAGCUGGUGAAUUACGGUGCGAUUCGUUGUUACGCGCGGCGAGGUCGGGCUUGUGGAGACACCGUCCUGUCGAUCUGACGUCCGCCGAACCGCCGGACGUCCCGUCCGAGCCGUGGGGCUCGUGACACCUCGUCGAAACACGGAAACUAUCGUGCGAACCGAGAUACAAUAUGGAGCUAGUGUUGGAGAACAAUAAAGAAAAAGUGAAAGCUGCUGUUAAAAAUAAAAUAACAAAGCAGUCAGAAGUAAUGGAUGUGGAGAAAAAGAAACACGAGGAAUGCAAGAGUGUCUCCACCAGUAAGCCCGAGAAGACCGUCACGAAGGACACGAAGAGCAAGACGAAGAAAGCACGGAACGAUCAAACGAGUUGCGAUUCCACGCAACUGGAGGACAAUCUAGCCCAAGUGCAGGAACGCUUCAAGAAAGGCUGCGAGUGUAUCGAGGAUGAGUGCUUCAAGGGCCUGAAUCCCGAGGUGAUUUAUCGGCACAGGCUAAACAUCGCGGAGCUAACUAAAGCCGAGCACGACAUGUAUUUAAUGGGCGUGACGAUGGCCUGCCUGACGGAUCCCUAUCAAACCGCCCGGCACACGGAACGUCGUAGAUUGCGCGCGCAAUACGUUUAUCAGGGCCGAAGAGUGUGUUUGGACGCCUUUCUGUACCUGGAGAACUGCACGCACUAUCAGCUCAAGCGGAUCCGGAAGCACCUGAUGACGCACGGCGUGACGCCGCGGGUGCACGGUAAUCACGGCAAGAUACCGCACAAUACGUUCUCGCUGGAAACGUACAAGAUCGCGAUGAAGUUCCUGAAGAACUUCAUCCAGAUGCAGGAGAUGAGGCAGAAGACCAAGCUCGCCAAGAACGCGCCGCUGCAUCUGCCGUCGGACGUGACGCGGAAAACGGUGCACGACCUGUACGCGCACUACUGCAAACGAGUGUCGCCCAACGUCAAGAGACUGGGCUACUCGACGUUUCGACGCUUCAUGAAGGUGCAGUUCCCGCAGGUGAAAUUCGCCAAGCUCGAGUUCGUCGUGAGAAACCAGACCGCGCAGAAUCACUGUACGGCCGAGCCGGACGCGACGCGGGACGACACGGGCCAACGGAGCUCGCCCAAGUCGGAGAUCGCCAUCGAGACAAGUGGCGGCAGGAUACUGCCGCUGGUGAUAACCAGAGACCUGGGGCAGACCGAUACCUACGUGCUGACGCCUAUCAGAAAGUUGCAGGACUGCACUGUGAGUUAUCAAGUCACCACGCACGGAUUGGUAAUUAACAGUCCUGCUGUCGCACUGUCGAAAACGAAAGCGGUAUAAGUGGUAUAACAUGAAAGACUGUGAAACUAGUUUUAUACAAAUGAUACACAUGUGUAUAUACAUAU